AUGGUGAGGCUUGUGCUGCCGAACCCGGGCCUGGAGGACCGAAUCCCCUCCCUGGGGGAACUGGAGGUCAUGGAGAAGGAGGAGGCCGGCUCUCGGCCCAAGUGGGACAACAAGGCCCAGUACAUGCUCACUUGCGUGGGCUUCUGCGUGGGCCUGGGCAAUGUGUGGCGCUUCCCGUACUUGUGCCAGAGCCACGGCGGAGGAGCGUUCAUGAUCCCGUUUCUCAUCUUGCUGAUUGUGGAGGGCGUCCCCUUGCUGCACCUGGAGUUCGCCAUCGGGCAGAGACUGCGCAAGGGCAGCGUGGGCACCUGGAGCUCCAUCCACCCAGCCCUGAAAGGUGUAGGGAUUGCAUCCAUGUUCGUGUCCUUCAUGGUGGGCCUCUACUACAACACCAUCAUCGCCUGGGUCAUGUGGUACUUCUUCAACUCCUUCCAGGAACCCCUGCCUUGGAGCACCUGCCCGCUCAAUGACAACCAGACAGGCUACGUGGAGGAGUGCGCCCGCAGCUCAGCUGUGGACUACUACUGGUACCGGGAGACCCUCAACAUCUCUACUUCCAUUGACGACUCUGGCUCUGUGCAGUGGUGGAUCCUGCUCUGCCUGACCUGUGCCUGGAGUGUCCUCUAUGUGUGCACCAUCCGUGGCAUUGAGACCACUGGCAAGGCUGUGUACAUCACCUCGACGCUGCCCUACGUUGUCCUGACCAUCUUCCUCAUUCGGGGCCUUACACUGAAGGGAGCCACCAAUGGCAUUGUCUUCCUCUUCACGCCUAAUAUCACAGAGCUGGCCAACCCAGUGACUUGGCUGGACGCGGGGGCCCAGGUCUUCUACUCCUUCUCGUUGGCCUUUGGGGGCCUCAUCUCUUUCUCCAGCUACAACUCUGUCCACAACAACUGUGAGAUGGACUCAGUGAUUGUGUCCGUCAUCAACGGCUUCACAUCCGUGUACGCAGCCACCGUGGUUUACUCCAUCAUUGGCUUCCGCGCCACCGAGCGUUUUGACGACUGCUUCAACAAGAAUAUCCUGACACUCAUGAACGGGUUCGACCUGCCGGAAGGCAAUGUCACCCAGGAGAACUUUGAGGAAAUACAGCAGUGGUACAAUAAAACGUAUCCCGUGGCCUUCUCCCAGCUAAAAUUCCAGACCUGUGACAUGAACUCUUUCCUGUCAGAGGGUGUGGAGGGCACGGGGCUGGCGUUCAUUGUCUUUACGGAGGCCAUCACCAAGAUGCCAGUGUCCCCGCUGUGGUCUGUGCUCUUCUUCAUCAUGCUCUUCUGCCUGGGCCUGUCCUCCAUGUUUGGGAACAUGGAAGGUGUGGUUGUGCCCCUGCAAGACCUCAAAGUCAUCCCUGAAAAGUGGCCCAAGGAGGUGCUUACAGGCCUCAUCUGUUUGGGGUCGUAUUUCAUUGCGUUCAUCUUCACGCUGAACUCUGGCCAGUACUGGCUUUCCCUGAUGGAUGGCUACGCUGGCUCUAUCCCCCUGCUCAUCAUCGCCUUCUGUGAGAUGUUUGCCGUCGUCUACGUGUAUGGUGUGGACAGGUUCAACAAGGACAUUGAGUUUAUGAUCGGCCACAAGCCCAACAUCUUCUGGCAAAUCACAUGGAGAGUGGUUAGUCCACUGCUCAUGCUGAUCAUCUUCUUGUUCUUCUUCGUGGUCAAGGUCAAUGAGGAGCUGAUGUACAGCAUCUGGGACCCUUCUUAUGAGGAAUUUCCUAAAUCCAAGAAGGAAUCAUACCCAAGUUGGGUGUAUGCCGUGGUGGUCUUCAUUGCUGGUGUGCCCUGCCUCACUAUCCCCUGCUUUGCCAUCUACAAGGUCAUCAGGAACUACUGCAAGAGGAGAGGAAACCAGCAGUUGAUAAGCGCCCAGUCCACAGCCUCUAUAAAUGGAGACCUGAAGUACUGA